AACGUGUUUGACAGCAAUGGGGUUCCCACCCACAGUUACGGGCCUUACACGCUGCCAUGCUCCUACUAUGAUGUCAAUUUGUUGGCGACAGGUUUUGGCGCAAACCGCAAGGGGCAAAAGACGUUUUUUUUCGCUUUCACUGAUACCAGCAGCCCUGCUGUGUGCACAGCAACGUCGAAUACGACACAGGAAUAUAAUAUGGGAAAUGCAGAACACCACUGAUUAAGACAUGUUGUUAUGUUCGGUACCGUCUUACCGAGCAUCUAUUGCUGGCCUGCUGCUGCGCGGCGUCCAUACCCUAGGUACAGCCGUCCUGCAGCAGAACCCUGUUUUACCACGUAAAUGCAAAUAAUGCGCAUUCUUUAUAUGUAACAUCAAGACGAUAUUUUCAGAAUAUUAGGCGAUGUCGCUACCCUGGGCGCCUACCUGCUUUCUUGUGUGCGACGCAGCAACUUUGCGGAAACAUGUAAUAUCGCAUAUAGUCAUUCUGAUGGCUGUAUUUAGCUUCUCGAGGCGUUUAUCAGCAGAAUUUGUUGAGUACAGCGACCUUCUUCAGUCGCAUCCUGAUAAUGGCCUUCGAUUGCUGGCGCUGGGCGACCCAUAUCAAAGUUUUCACCGGGAGCCGCCGCUCGUGUUGGAUCCUAAUUUCCUGGAUUAUUAUGGAGGCUUAGGAUACCUAAACGUUGAGUUCAAUGCCCGUGGCGAUAACACGUACCAUGGUAGUUCGGCGCAGUAUGUGGCAGCACUGAGGAAUGCCAGUGUCUGUGGCAGCGAAGGCGACGUUUGGGAUGGAAACGGCAGACUAUACCGAGCCAACAGCUGGAUUCGACACCCCCAUGCUAAACUGGAGGCAUGGCGGGACGAGGCAGAAUCCUUCGGGGUGCGGCACUACAGCCGUCUUGCCUCCGCCGUACACCGGGUCUCCUUCAUGUACUUCCACUUCAUGACCGAGGUCAUCCCCAAGGUUGCCAAGUAUGCUCCCUUCUUGGCGGCCGACCCUGAACUCAAGCUCCUGACGUACGGCAGUAACUUUGAGCAGGCCUGGCUGAGAAGGCUGGGGAUUCGAGACAGCCAACUGGUUACAUUCAAUCCGUUGUAUGCGUACCAAGCAGACGAGCUGCUCCUUACAAACCCCGUGAACAUUUCCAGGACUCCAAGAGAGGACUUAUUAAAGGCCUUAUCUAUCAUGGGGCUUCCCCCGCCGCUACCCUCCAACCAGCGAACGAGCCUGGUCUAUGUGUCCAGGAGGCUCGCGUCUGACCGCACCCAAACAAAUGAAGACAGCCUCCUCGACGCGCUGAGGCAUGAGGCUACCUCUCACGGUUUGCAGCUGGUGGUCCACGAAGGCAGCCCCGACAUGGGCACUGACGCAGUCAUUGACAUGUUCCGGCGGGCUCGGGUCGUGAUGGGUCCCAACGGAGCUGGAUUAGCACACAUGAUGUUCGCUGCCCCGGCUACCAUCCUCAUCGAGCUCAUGUUCAUCAACAACACCGGCAUGGACCUCUGGCACCUAACCGCCGCUUUGAACCAGUCGUACUAUAUGGUUCCCCUGCCGCGGUCGUACUGGCUGGACCCCGGGUCCGACGUGCCCAUCGAGCAGGCGGUGUCUACGCUCCGCUGGGCGCUUGGAGUGCAGGGAGGAGUGCGGCCAGCCUGUCCUAGGGGUUCAGGGCCUUCAUCAGCUUUCAAUGAGGGGUCGUGCAGCGCAUGCCCACCUGGCACGUUCAGCACGGGGUAUGAUGCGCAAUGCUUGGAGUGCUCGCCUGGCUGGGUUGCGGAGCGCAAGGGGAGCGGCUACUGCCGUGUAUGCCCGUCAAGCACAUACGCUAAUGGGUCAGUGUACUGCGUUGCCUGCCCAUCCGGGACACUUGCGGCUAUGCCGGGGUCUACGAGGCCCGACGAGUGCCUCGACCCGGAUACCCUGGCUCAGGUCAAGCAAAGGUGGUUGCCUGAGCAGCGGGUUGCCGCCAAGGUGUCAGCUUACUACCAGGCAGUAACCAGGCACCGGCAACACAACCAGAGCUUUGAUGAGUUACCGAAGGCCCUGCAGAAUCGUGUCCUGAGUGAGCUGGAUGCAUGCAGCGGCGGCUACCCUUCCUCAUCUUAUGGAUGCAACAUUGCGCCGCAAUCAGCUCAGGAAACGACGCAACUGCCGUCUACGCCUGAAGUACCAUGGGCAGACCUACAGAGCCAAUCAAAGGCUUCAUUCCUAACAAUUCCUAUUAUGAUCGCGGUGAUUGGCGGCGUUAUUGGGCUUCUUGUUCUCUUAGCAACCAUAGGUGUCUUUUAUCGCCGCGGUCGGUUGUCGAGUCAAGUUGCACCUGACAGGAGUGCACCGGCUAGGACAGGAAGUGCUGAUACCGAAUCCGGGCAACCUGUCCCAGCAACAUUUUUUGAAGCAGCCAGGAGAGAUCUUGGCAGUAGCGAACCUGCUGCAAGCGAGGGGCAACCUGCUGCUGGAAAUGGGCCUCCUGCUGGACCUGCGAGACCGAGCAAGUUGCCUCCUCUCCCUGAAGCGAAUUACAGACGAGCAAUCGGGAGUUAAAGGUUGCCCGUAGGAGUGGGCGGCCUUCCCAUGUCAUGCAGGCGCAGGAACGGUGCUGUUAACUUCCGGCGCAUGCAGUGAGGUCUGACGCUUUAAUCGAUGCUGACUUGGAUGCUCCAUUCUAGGCGAUCCGGGGGCGAAUGUACGCCAAACCUCAGGGGCAGCGUUAGUUGUAUUAUCUGAUGCUCUAAAGCACGCCCGCAUGUAUCAGGAAAGCACUCAGGAAUGUCCAGGAGAGAAUCAUACGUUGAUUGGUUGGGAGGUAUACAAGGAGGCUUGAGGUGAUGGCAAGCUAACUGUUUGAUGGCUAUGGAAGCUGUGAUGGCAAGUUACCUGCUUGGCGGCUUAGGAGCCGAGUCCGACCCAUGGGUCACUACCAUGUAAAAACAUUGUUUACA